UUCAGAAUUCUUAUCAUGUCAGAAACUGUCUUCAAAAUGGCAGUGUGUUCGCAGAUGUUUUUAUUUCUGUUUAAAUCAAAGUAUCGACGGAAAUAUGAAUUUUACUCCAUUUUAAGUGUCAUUGUGAUAUUCCAAUUUUUAGUUGUUUCAAUUAAGUGUUUAUCUAAUAAGUGUGACGAUGUUCAGUGUGUCAAUGGUGAAUGCAUCAAUGGCACUUGUGUUUGUUUGGAUGGCUGGCAAGGAUCUGCCUGUCACUCUUGUGCGGGCAAAAUUAGGGUGUCAGGCCCGUCAGGGACAAUCUAUGAUGGUCCCGGAAACUAUUCAGUUGAUGUCAAAUGCAGUUGGUUGAUCGAUGCUGGUGGGAUGGCAAAUUCAACCAUUCGAUUGCAUAUUGAAGAGUUUGCCACAGAAUGUGGGUGGGACCAUUUGUAUAUAUUUGAUGGAGACAGUGUCCAUUCUCCUCUAUUAGCUGUCUAUAGUGGUCUGAUGUAUCAAGGUGACUACUCUAUUAGAAGAAUUCCUGAAGUUGUCACCCAUUCAGGAUACGCUCUCAUACAUUUUUACAGUGAUGUUGCGUACAACAUGACUGGCUUCAAUAUUACUUAUAGUUUAAAUUCUUGUCCUAGUCGUAUCUCACAUGUUAAUUGUUCGGGAAAUGGUGUCUGCAUUGACGGUACGUGCACUUGCGACGCGAUGUUUACCGGUGAGGCGUGCGACGUCCCAAUUUGUCCCAAUAACUGCAGCUACAGCAACGGAGAAUGCAGACGAGAGCAGCACCAAUGCGUCUGUAAUCCUAAAUACAAAGGUGACGAUUGUAGUCAGGUGGCUGAUGCUGGAUACUGGGAAGUUAUAUCACCAAAAGAUUUCAUGCCUGAGGGGACGGCGUCUCAUGGAGCAGUCGUUUGGCGAGACUCCCUCUAUAUCAUUGGCGGCGAGUCGUAUCAUCGAGCUCAUAUGAUUUAUGUGUAUGACUUCAACGGAAAUGUUUGGGAGACACCGCAAAUGGACAGUCGAACCUCUCCUACGCCCCGCUACGGUCACUCAGUUGCCCUGUUUGGUGACAAAAUAUAUAUGUACGGCGGAGUAAAACAAGGGGGAGAAGUAUGCAAUGAACUAUGGGCUUUUGACGUGAGUGCAAAGACAUGGGAAAAUAUCACUGUCAGGAUCGACUCAUGUCAUAAUAAUGUCACCUCAAGUUUCUCUCAAUCCUAUUUGUGCGGACCUUUAAAAUCCGCAGGCCACACCGCAACGCUGGUGACAAACAAAGCCAACAAAUCGGAACGUAUGAUCAUCAUUUUUGGACACUCGCCAACCUAUGGAUUUCUAAAUACCGUACAAGACUAUCACUUUGGUACUCGGAAUUGGACCAUAGUUAAAACUAAAGGAUUUAUCGUGAAAGGUGGGUAUGGCCACAGCGCAGCUUGGGAUCCUAUCAGUCAGAAAAUCUAUGUUUACGGUGGAUUCGUGUCUGAAAGUUCGUCCUCCUCUUACUUGAGCAAAAUGAUCUACUCUUACGAGCCGAACACCCGAACUUGGACUAUGUUGAUGUCUGCACCAAGCGCACGAUUCCUCCACUCAGCAACGUUCAUGGGCAGUCUGAUGCUAGUUUACGGUGGAAAUACUCAUAACGACACCGCAUCCUCUCAUGGCGCUAAGUGCUACUCACAAGACUUCCUCGCCUACGAUAGGGUUUGCGACACAUGGUCCUCCAUCCAAGUUCCUAAUAAUUUGAGGGCACACCUCGCCAGGUUUGGACAUUCGGCGUCGAUCUUUGAAAGCUCCAUCUAUAUCUACGGAGGGUUUGAUGGUCAAAUGGUCAAUGAUAUACUCAAAUUUACACCUGGGGUUUGUAACAGCUCGAUGAGUCAGUCGGCAUGCCUCAGCUCGAAACUAGGCGUCAAGUGCGUCUGGCACCGAAAAUGGAACCGUUGCCUGUCGUAUGAGCAAAGUCUCCUGCUCCCAAACGAAGAAGGCCUCAUAAACCAGUGCCAGGAGGAAAGCAGGUCGCACGUUGCCAAUGCGAUCGGCUUAUGCUCGUCGCUCAAAGACUGCAAUUCCUGCGUCCAGACGUCCCUCAAAUGCGGGUGGUGUCCGUCAGGCAGCUGCAUCUACGACGAACAGUGCAAGGAGCCCAAUGAACAGUCGGACGGCUUCAGUUAUGUUAGGCCCUAUGAGUCUGAACCGUCUUGCAACAAAACGGAUGAUGCCAUCAUAUGUGCGCAGUAUCACUCAUGUCAAGCUUGCUCGCUCCUCCCUCAAUGUCACUGGCAUGAGAAUGGGCCAUGUAAGCCCAUCGCCAAUCUCACUUUGGAUGAUCAGCGGGAGGUUGGUGUUUCCUGUGUGAGUAGCUGUGCGCAAUUUACAUCCUGUUUUAAUUGCACGCAAGAGGAGUGUAUCUGGUGCCAGAAUGAGGAACGCUGCGUGGAUAAAAACGCAUACACAGCCUCCUUUCCGUACGGUCAGUGCAGAGAGUGGACCACUGUUCAACAGCGCUGCAAGAUCUCUUCAUCAGCGUGUGAAUGUAACGGUCAAGGAACGCAGUGCCAUGGUGACACUGGGAAGUGUUACUGCACGACUAAAGGCAUUGUCGGUGACAGGUGUGACAAAUGUGACUCUCAGAACCAUUAUCAUGGCGAUCCUACUAACGGUGGCUCCUGCUUUUACGAGCUAGCAAUAGACUAUCAGUUCACUUUUAAUCUAUCAAAGAAAGAAGACAAGCACUAUCAGCAAAUCAAUUUCAGAAAUAGUCCCACCAAACCGGACAUCGACGCUGAAUUCAGCAUAACGUGCUCUGUUAUGGCCAAAAUGAACAUCACAAUAAAAACAGCCAAUAGCGCUGAAAAACCGUUUUUAACAGCUCACAACUGCACGCAGUCGUAUAAAACUAAAUUCCUCAAGACUGAUUAUAUUUUCGGGACGGAGAAUAAUAUUUCGAUGACAACUUUCCUCGUCUACGUUUAUGAUUUUCAUCCUCCGCUGUGGAUCCAGAUUUCAUUCUCUCAGUAUCCGAAGCUGAAUCUACAGCAGUUCUUCGUAACUUUCACAUCAUGUUUUCUUCUGCUUCUCCUGGUAGCAGCAAUUCUGUGGAAAAUAAAGCAGAAAUAUGACAUGUAUAGGAGGAGACAGCGUCUAUUCGUGGAAAUGGAGCAAAUGGCCAGUCGCCCAUUUUCGCAGGUCGCUGUAGAGAUCGAACGUAAAGAUCAGAAUACCAUCUACGAUGACGUUACGACACUCACUGUCUCGAGUUCACUUAAGCGCAGAAAAAAAGACUCCCCUAGUCCAAUUGCUUUGGAGCCAUGCGCUGGGAACCGAGCAGCCGUUUUAUCUUUAUUAGUCAGACAACCAAUGGGCUGUGAAUCCUUUACGCCCAGCGGCCAAUCAGCAGGUCUAGUAAUUGCCUCUGCUCUAGUCACUUUGGGUAACCCAAGGAAAGUCAGUAUCGACCCUUCAGCAAAGAUAGACACAACCAAAACGAAAAUCCGAAAAUCGAGUCAACACCCCGAUAGCUGUAUUUAACACGGACUUUACUCCUGUCUUUACUUCUUCUUCUCUUUUUUCCUCUUAUUUUUAUUCUACGUUCUUUAUAUUUUGUUAUUAUUUAUUUGUUCCCAGUACGCUCUUUAGGUUCCUCAGAGACAUUGAUUCGUCAGAAAGAGUUGUGAAACCAAUUGACGGAACUCAAACUUGACUGCUUCUGAAGUCACGUAGCUUUCAGUAGGCAAAUUUCCGUGACUGGAUUCCGUCGAGUUUUUAACCUACUGCCAACCUCUGUUACCAACAUUGCCAACAUCCUCCCUGGGCAAUGGUGCGCCUACAACAUUUGAUUUUCAUGCUGGCAGCAAUGAUGGCCACAUCUAAAAUUCUCGAACCACCUCCGGAGGUGAGUUGAAAAGCGGAUGGAUGGGAACGUUGGCCAAAAUUCAUCAUGCAAGUGAGUUUAGCAUUAGAAUAAAAAAUUAUUAAAUUUGUAUCUUGACCCUGAUAAAAGUGUAGAGUUGAUUUUCUUUUACUUUUCUUUAAUCCAUCAUCGACGACGGCUGUUUCGGUUUUGGGUGUGUCUUAUUUUAAAGUUUUUAAGUUUUUACAAGUUUCCAAGAGUUUUUAUCUCAUGAAGUAACACGUUUUAACAGUUCAGACACGUCAUAUCGCAGUAUAUUGCAAGGAAAAUACGUAAGACCUGAAGAUGGGAUCUACCCGAAACGGCCGUCGUCAAUAAUAGACUAAAGAAAAGUAAAAGAAAAUCAACUCUACACCAUUAUCAGGGAAAGUAUAGGUAAAAAUUUAAAAAUAUUUUAUUGUAAUGCUAUUACAUCCCCUGAUCAAGAAUGAAAUCACGAAAUUUAACUGAGUUUAGUUCUUGACUUCACCAGAGCGUUUUUCUCCUUUGGUUUACAACCUUGCCGAUCAGGUUGAAAAAGUCGACCAAAUCCACUUGCGGAAAUUCGUCCAGUGGCAGUCUUAAACUAAGGUUUUCAAUGCUGGUUAGAUAUUUUUAUAGGUUCUUUUAUUCAUUUGAGCUCAAACGAAAAGUUUUCCCUGUAUCAAGAGUUGGAUCUUAUCUAAGUUUUUGUCCUGGACAUAAGAAUAAUCCCAAGCAUGUCCAAGCUUGAUGAGGCAGCUUAACUAAAACUUCUGUUGAAAACAAUGGGUUUUUUUCUCUCUCUCUCUCCCUCCUGCCAUUUUUGUAACCUGAUUAGUCUCGUAAAUUCUUGGCGUUUUGUUUAUUUGGUUGUUUGUUAUCAAUCUAGUGGAGUGCAACUCUGAGCUUGCUGUUUUUGGGCCCUUGAAAGUUGCAAAUUCACUGCAACUUACAAGACAUCCUCUUGAAUAUUCUGUGGCAAGCCAAGAUCAACUUAAUUUUUUUUCGAAAAACGGACAUUUCUACUUUUUAUACUCAUCAAAGGUUUCUCCAACCUUAUAGUCUGACCUUCAAAUAUUUGAACAGUCCUUUUUCUCUAUUGGAUGUGAGAAAAUUCAAUACUCCAAUUUGCUUUAACCUUGACUACUUACUGAUUUUCAAACUUCGUAAACAUUACCAACCGUUGCUCUUUCUCAGAACUUACGUAUUUUGAAAAGGGCUUGAACCAAAAUUGUGAGCAUUUCAUCAAGUGAGAUAAAACUAACACUGUGUCCAUCUAAAAUAAAGUUUUGAUUCUUUUAACGGAGAGAAAACUGAAAAUACUUAAACUUUCAUUUAACUUAAAACCUUGAGGUCAGUACUUAACAAAAUCCGUGAAAAUUAAAUAUUGGCCGCCAGUUUGGAUCAUGUCACAGUUCAACUCUUUUCUAUGUUUCAAUGUUUUUGAGCUUUACUAAUUGUUUCAAAUUUUUUAUUUUUUUAUUAACUUAAUUUAUUUCCACUUUCUUACCUUUCUAUUUUAUAUGUUUUACUGUUUCACUGUUCGCCAGCAAACUUAGAGUAAGGAUUUAAUCAUUUUGUUUGCUGGUUUUGAUAGAGAAUUUGCCAAAUUUUGCCUGUUGAUUUAAGAGGAAUCGGAUGAUUUUUUUUUUGUUAACUUGCAGCUAUGUCUCGAUGUCCAAGACCCACUGCGCAAGGGAUGUUUGUUGAUUAUUUACAAAAUUACUCCCAGUUGUUGACAACUGAGAUUUUGACAAUUAUCGUGUCCUUUUAUUUUAUGAAAUUUUUCCGCUUCUAAUGUGGAGUUUUUGGAAUAAUGAUGAGGAAAUCGUCUUUAUUUCAAUUAUUUUUAAUUUUAUUUUUUUAAAAAAACAUCUUAUGAUUACUCUAAAACAAAGGAAAGUUCUGCUUUUCUGUAUCUUGUAUUCAAACAGUGCCCCCUGGGAUCCUCAGCUUCACUAAAUAUAUUUAUGCGCACCUAAUUAAAUCACAGAGAGAACUUUAUAUUAGUUUUUUGUUUCUAUUGAGUUGUAUUUUGGCCGUAACCAGGCCGGUUUUAAUGUGGCCUCAUUUCAUUAAUUCUAGAGAAUGACUGAAUGUUUUAUCUUCAUUAUAAGCGGAACUGAUAUCUGUGUUCUUCCAUUUAGUGCAUAAGUUUUUAAAUGCUGUAAUUUUAAUAGACAAGCAAUGCUAGCUGGCAAGUAUGCUUGUGCAGUGGGUUGCCCAUCGUCCUCUUUGGGCUAAUUAUUGAAAUUGAUAGACAAGGUGGUAGACAAAGAAGGCAAAAGGAAUUUAUAAAGCAAUCCUAUUGGUGGGCCAUUUCAACCAAUAGAAUCGCUUCAUUAUCUCAUGACUUGUUUGUCUAUAGCUUUGUUUAUCAAUUCCAAUACUCAGCCUGAUGAUUUGGUACUAUUGUUAUUGGGUGGAUUUCGUGAGUUUUGCUCUCACUCAUCGACGGUACCCUCCGUUGUCCCAGGGUAGCAAUGGUGAAUCAUUGUCUGUUUAUGGCAUCAAGUCAUAGCUUUGAUCACUUUUAACUUUUUUCUGUUCUUGAUCAUGGGUCUGAAUUGCAGCUUUUUGCUUCUUUGCUUCGUAAGGCAAGUUUGCAGUAACAAUCUUUUUUAGAGUGUGUUAAAAUAUCGCUCUCUGUCAACUUAAAGUAGUUUGUAUCAAGGUUCAAACAGUAAAAUUGGCAUUUGAUGUGUUUCAUUAAAAUAUGGGAAGAUUUUUAAUUUUAGGCCCAAAAAAGGACUAAAGUGUCUGAGCAUAAGUCUGAAAAAUCAUCUGCAUCAAAUAGAAUCGCAGAAAUAAAAAAAAUAAAAACGACUCCGUCUGUAAUAAAAAAAAAAUUAUUGCUCUCAACACAGAUGUCAGUAUCGAAAGGGAUCCUCUUUUUGUACACAGGCUUGAGCAGAGUUUUCAACAGUAGAAUCAGCAGUAACUUGCAAUCAAAUUCGUAUCUCAUAUCAGAAAAUUGUGUUUGAAGAGUGGCAAUAACUGUUUUAAAAAGUAACAAUUUUGAUAAAUUGUCAUUCAUUUAUUUAUUUUCUUAAUGGUUCUUUAGACUCAUACACAGAGACAAUAGUUCUUUUACAGGGGAAAAACUUGAAAUUUGCCCAGAUUUUUUAUGCAAUGGAUUGCGUCCAAGUUUGACCACAGUCAAAUCUCUUUUACCAGGAAAGGGAUGGUUCACCAUCCAAGUUCAAUCGUCAACAGGAUUAUUUUGCCGAAAUUUUUUGUGAGUGCUGGAUGUACAUGUUCAAGUUCAGGCGGAUAGUUGGACAAAAAACAAAAUUUUCACCAAAUUAAUGCAAGUAUCAUCUGCAUUCUCUUCUGAAUGAGAAUUGCUUCUUUUCAUUUUUGUUGGCCUCGAUUUGAACGGAAUCGUGAACCCUUUUUUCUAUGCUAUUUUUAAGGUUUUAUAAUGACAAAGCUCGGAUAUCUCAAAACUUUCUUGUCUAUUCGUAAUUAUUACAAUGAUCUGCCUUCCUACCCCUCUUACUCCCCAAUAUCUCCUUAUUUGCAGCUCUUGAUGACUUUAACUCGUUGUCUGACAACAUGUUUUUUUUUUCCUGAAAAAUUUCCUUGGAAGGUUCCCAUGUGGACGAAAGUUCAACAUUAUCAAGCCUCGCCUCAGUGCUGAUUGACCUAUUUUUGAGGCCCAAUGCAAUGGGUCAAUUCAAUUUGUUGAUAUUUUUACUUAAGUUCUUCACCCCCAAGUUUUAAGAAUGUAAAUAUAAUGGCAAAACCAGGGUUAAAAUUGGGAUUUUUUGACCCCCAAGCGCAGUGUGUGGUUCAAGCUUUAUUAACAAUUCACCUCCUAUGAGACGGAAGAAGGCUCUAUAGGUGCCCUCCUUGGAAAAAUUGGGAAUUUGAACCCCCACCAAACGCCAUUUCGAACAUUUUUUUCGCAUUGUAAUGGAAAAGAAAUGGAGAGAAUUCCCCUACAGACUUAACCAUUAACCAAUGAGAAAAAAAAGAAAAACAACCAUAAACAGAAAGAAACCGUUGAGAGAGGAAGGAAAAUAAAAAAAAGAAUAAGGAAAAAAAAAACCUUUUGUGGUGUAUGCCUAUGAGCAUCCGCUUUUGUAGUAAUUACAGCUCCAGGCGAAACCGCACUGUAGUAUCCCAAUAUAGCAUUUAAUUGUCAGUAGUUUUUUCAGUGUCUCUUUACCGAAAAGAGAAUAGUCUGUUUAACUAACUUGUAUCUGAUAAACCGGGAGAAUCCGCACUUGCCCACUUUUUUAAAUUUUUUCUAGAAAAUAAUGUUUAUUUAUGAUCACUCAUUUAUCUAUCUUUCUUCUUAAUCAUUCCCUCGUACCUAAUUUGUAUUUAUCUUUUACAUAAUCCUAAAAUAUCGUUUUUGUAUCGCAAUAAGUACUUUAUUCCUAAUAAGAUUGGGAAAAACAGAUGAUAGAUCUCAUAUUUUCUGUCAAGAAAUUCCUUUAUCCCAGGAAUGAAAAUAUCAAGACGUUUAUAACAAAUAGGUAACAAUCAUUUUCCUCCAUUUACUUGAAACCACUGAAAAUAAUUGUAGAGGAGGCAGCCAGCCUCGAUGGAUAUCAAUUUUUUUCAUUUGUUUAAAUGGAGAAAACCCAAUUUGCGUUAUGAUCACUGAGUUUGCAAGCUUUAAUCAGGAAUAAUCCCUUCAAUGUACCAUUUAUUUCUUGUAGUUGGAAAAAAAAGUUGCUGAAGUAACAUCCUAGAUGUUUAAAAUCUGCGAGACACCUCUUGAAUGUUAUUAUGGACACUUUGGCUGUUACAGUAACAUCCUAGCUACAUUGAAUUAGCAUCCAUAUCGUUCAUAUCAACAUUCAAAAGUUGUUGUGCAGAUUUUUAAUACCCGGGAUGUUACUUCAGCAACUUUUUUUCCGUGUAGCAUUUUUUGAUCUCUUUAGUUGCGUCCCACACCUACGGUGGUGUUCAUUUUUAAAUAAAGAUCUCGUAGAAAGGUGCACAUCAGUCACUCCGUUUCAAAUCUGGCCGCAUAUUUAAUGACCUGUGACCAGCCAAAAAAAUAUUGAUGGCUAAAGUUGAAAAAUGCGUCUCCAUUGCAUCUUUUCGGAACGUUUGUUUGUGUUUUAGUUUUCAAAAGAAAACCAACAGCCACAUCUCCUUGUAAUUUUCUAUGAUUAUUCCUGAAUGCCUCAAGAAAAUUCGUUGAAAAUAUCUAGAAAAACUAAUGUAAGUUCUACUAAUGUAAUCAACUAAUCUAAGAAAAAAAAAGAAUAAAACACAAGAGGGAGUUUGCAAUGCUGGAAUUGGAGAUCCAAUUUUUUUUUAAUCUGGCCACGACUGUUCCCAAAAAUUCCUGUGAUUUCGCUGUUCUCAUGAAAACCUAACGAUCAAAAUUUUCAGGAAUUAAUUUUCUAUGGCUCAGUGGUAAGCAAUCAAAUUGGCUCAGGUUUUGGAACGAAGUGAUAGAUUCUCUCUCAUCUGCAAGAAAUCAUUUAUAUUGUCAUUAUUUAAAUGAGUGCACAAAAAUGCAUCUGAACUAUUCAUUAACUAUCAUUUGUCAUGCUCCUUGAGAAAUGCGUAUACAUGAACUCAGCGGAUGGCAGCUGAAUCAUGCUUUGAAACAUAUCUCGAUUAUGUAUUGUUUAGCAUUUUUGAACCUCAAUCCAUCUGCAUCCAAUCCAGUCAACCACCUUUCAAAAUCGUUACUGUCAGUGAAACCUUUGCUGUUCCGAUGGAAGGCAUUGAUGUUUGUCUUUGAAGUUGAGUGCUUCCGUAAGUUUCAGGAAUUUCUACUGAUCUAUCCGAGCUUUGUCAAAACACUCUCAGUAUUUUGCUCAUGCCAUUUCUUUUAACAUUAGAUCUCACAGAUUUGUAGGUAUAUAUUUUUUGUAUUGGUUUCAGCGCGUGCCUCGCGACGCGUGUUCUAUUACAUAGAGUCUACUUUCUCAGACUGUGUCAGAAAAGAACUGAACUCCAUGAUCGUAUUUUUAGUGAAUUUCAAUAACUCAUUUUGUAUUGUUGUAUUUAUGUACAGUAUUAUGUAUCCUUGUAAAUUUUAUCUUUGAUGUUAAUUCUUAUCACUUUUUCCAUCUUCUCAAUUUUUGUAUUAUUCCUGAAGAGUUGGAGGGAGUCCCUCUCAAUCAUCGCACCCAAUCUCGAAUUUAAAUCAAGUUUUAGUUGAAAAAUGUGUCACAAUGAAAGUUUCUCGAAGAAGAAUAUUAUGCUUUUUUAUGCAUUUCAUAGACAGGGCCAUUUUUAGAAUAUUUUAGGUUUAGGAUCAACUGUUUCAUCACAACGGGCUUCCAGACAAUAUAUGAAUCGAAGCAUAUUGUAACUUUUUUCCCCCCUCAAAAUUUUUUAAGAAAAACAAAUCACUCAACAGAAAGUCUGGAAUUUAGCGCCUCAACAAGACACUUAGACGUGUUCACAAUUAACAUUGGUUAAUUGGAAAAAAUUCAAAUGGACCACAUUUUGCAAUAAGGAAUAAAUAUUUCUAGCUUAUCGAUAAAAGCGUCUAUUUUCAUAUGGAAACUAGAAACUUAUCGAUAAAGCGAGUGGUCGCAAUGAACACCUUAAUAAUCGAUUCUUUACCAUAGCUUCAAAUGGAUAAAUAUCGAUUACCCAUCAUUCACGCCUUGCCACUGAUUCAGUUUGAUCAGCGUAACUUUUUUUUUUUCUUUAUUUAUAUAAAAAUUAAUUCAAGGAGAGCCCACCACUUGCUUUAUUGUAGUAUAAAAAUUUGGUCGAAAAAAGUGAGGGUCCCCUGCUUUUGGUCCGUAAGCAAUAAAAUUUGACCCAAGUAGAUUCCAGUUUUUACUGUAUUUUUCGAAGAAAAUAAGUACACUAUUUUGUUUGUUUGUUUUGUUUUGAGCAGGCUUUGUGAAUACAUGAAAAUUGUUAUUUUUCACUAUAAAGCAGAAUUUGGAAAUUUUUAAAUAUUUAAUGUGUUCAACUUUAAAAUUGGAUAAGAGGAACUAUAUUGCAUGCAAACCCUAUGCACACAGUUCUUUUUAGGUGAAGGAACCAUUCUUGUAGUUCCAAAUUUUGUACCCUGAGUAAUAGUUGAUCGUCAGUUUUCUGAAUAUAUUUCCAUUGCUUCUGGGUGAAGCGGCAUACAAAGACAUGUAAGGAAAAAAGUCACUGAAUAAUUGUGAACUAUGAGCAGGCUUUUUUAAACAGCUCAUCUUCGGCGAUAACUUUUGUCAAGCUUGUAUUUCUCUAAAUUGGUAGAUAGAUCUGGUUUUCCUGGCAAUGUGCAGGGAUCUCCUCGAGCUCUUCGAAUCCUAUAAAGUAUUGUUAUCAAUGUAGAUUUCUAUUGUACAUUUCUGUGACAAGACUAAUCACUGUAAAUAGGUAUUACGGGCGUUUAAAACGUUGGUUUUGUAUGUUCUUGCUUUAAGGCUGUGACAGUUCUCCGUCAGGAGCUAGGAAAAGCUGAAUUCAACUCUUGUUACUGAAUAAUUAGACAUCUUCCCGUUAAGCAAAACAUUUGUAUGCUCAUAUGUCCAUCCGUAGUUCAAUUUUCUCUUCAUUUGCAUUUUAGUUUCUUAAUCUAGUGUUUACGAUAAUAAUUGAAAACAUCUCAUGUCAUUACCUUUUAGAUGAAGAAUCGAUUUUGCGACCCCACUUCGCUCUUUUCAACUCAAAGAUUUGAAACAGUCUCACGACAUUUAAGGAUUCAUCCAAAAGUCCAAAAUCAUUUGGCCUGCUUUGAGCAGAACCUGCCCAAACUGUCUUUCUCGUCGCCUAAUUUUCUCUGUUGUUUUUCUAUUUCAAACUGGAAAUCAAAUUUGGAAAUUUUUUCCAACGUUUCCAAAAACUCUAAAAAAACUUAUUCACAAUUUUUUCAGACGGAAUAUUACAUGGUUUGUCACCCAAAAAAAAAAAAAGAAAAAAAAAAAAACUAGAAGAAACUAGGCACUGUGAAAUCUAGGAAGAGUGAUUCUGUUUUAAACUGACCAUUUCAUCGUUUCACUCAAAUUUAGCGGAAUAAUUUAAUUUUACAGACAUGUACCAAGAUCUGGAUUUCCCAUGUUUUUGUGUUCUUUAUUUUAUAUUUUUCUCACGUAAUUAUAAGUCAAAUGUGUAUUGUACUUACUCAUGAACGUUUGUGUUUAAGAUUUCUACAAACUUCCAUUAUGUAAGCUGGCAGGAUUAGUCAUUCCAAUUGAAGUCUUCUGCCCUCCCCCCCCCCCAAAUCAAUGCAAUUUGGUUUUAUUUUUGUCAGUGAGAUUACUCUUCGUUUUCAUUUUCUGACUAAUUUCAUCCCGGAACAAACAAUGUUACUUUGCUUUCGGAUGUUUAUCAUUUGGCCACAGUUAUAGAGUUACUUCUUCUAAUUAACCAAGUCACCUCAUUUUUUUCUUGUAAACUGAGUUCUUUGUCGAUGUAUAAAGAAUAUUGCAAGAUAUUCUUCAAAUAAUUGUUAAACAAUGUCUCCAAGCCUUCAGCAAUUUUUCUCGGAAUCAUUGUUUUGUUUUUAUGAACGCAGUUCUUGAAUUAUAAUUGAUCACUGGGAGUCUAGAUUUUCAAGACAUUAAAAUAUAAUUUUUUCCUUCUCAAUUCUGCAAAAUUGAGCCUGAAUUCUGUAGGUACUGAAGUACAGUACUUACUUUCUCAUUUUUGAAAGUUCAGCCUUUUUACCUGGAGGCUUUCUCAUGGAGGAGGAAGUUUUUUACUGGUUAAAAUCAACCAUGCAUAACAGCCCGCGGCCAGAUUGAUUCAAAGUCAAAAGCCGAAAUUUGCCAACUGUGAUUAACUCUAAACCAUGCUGGGAACGGAAAACUUUCUCAGAUUUUAAAUCUUAACCUACAAAUGUUGUUGACUGUAUAUUUUCUUUGUAAAACUACCUUGUGUACAUACUUUUCUGGAAAUUGUCUGUUUAUAGCUUCAAUUAAAAGUCUGUUUCAUGAAUUUUAA